GGACCAGCCUCCCCCGUUCGGGCAUUCUCCCGUCACGCGCCACGUCUCUCUCUCCCCCCAACGGCGACGGUGGCCGCCCUUGAUCCCGGCGAGACAACCAGCCACCCUUCCCCUUCUCUCCCGCGACCUCCACACCCUGCAGCGCUGCUGCUCCGCCCCCAUCCGGCCUCAGAUCCGACGGCUGCGGCUCGUAUCGACACCCGGCCGGCGCAAACGCGGCAGCGAGGUCGGGGGUUGCGGCGGCGGGGGCGGGGGCGACUCGAAGUCGUCUCCGCGAGCUCGGCGGCAGUCCUUGGCGGUGGCUGGGGUCGUCUUCGUCGGGCCCCUGCUUCAUCGCGUACGCGGCCUUCUCCUACCUACCAAGACUCCUCCCCUCCCCGCUGUCUCGCUCCUCUCCUUCCCUCCCCGUCUCCGGCCGGCCAGGCUCACCGCACCGGCGGAGGAUCCUUCCUCGGAGGAUAGUGGCCGUCGUCAGCGCCCCGGGCUCCUCCUCCUCCUCCUCCUCGGUUGCUGGGACCAAGAAAAAUGGUUUAUCACUCUAGCUUUGUCGAUGACAAUGGUAUUACCAAAGCAUGUGGCUGUCCUUUGCUUCCGCUAAAAACUCAUAUAAGGGGCCCAGCACCUGCCUUUGAUCAAGAUAAGGCUGACAUUGUUGAUGAAGCAAUUACAUUCUUUCGAGCGAAUGUCUUCUUCAAAAACUUUCAUGUGAAAAGCCCAGCAGACAAAUUGCUGAUCUAUCUGACAUCUUACAUCAAUAUUGCCUUGAAAAGGCUGGAAGGUUGCCGAACACUGGCUGUAGGGACAAAGGCUAUCAUUAAUCUGGGUUUGGAGAAAGUACCUGUUCCUGGGGAGCCAGGGUUUCCCUUCCCUGGUCUUUUCGCUCUACCCCAAUCUCAGGAGGAAGCAGAAUUAUUGAGGAACUAUCUGAAGCAGAUAAGGGAGGAAACAAGUGGAAGGUUGCUUAACUGUGCAUACAGAGCCAAUGGCACUCCAAACAAAUGGUGGUUGGCCUUUGCAAAGAGGAAGUUCAUGAACAUUGUCAUUCUUUGAAGUAUGGGAGUUUUUUUUGUCGCUUGUAGGAAUGUAAUUGCACUUGCGUACCUAUUUCUGUGAUUACCUUAGAGAAUUAAAAAAAUGAGAAUGAUUCUACACCUCAAUUGUGGAAGCCAAAGAUUUGGAUGAAACAAGGGAUAAUAGAGCAGUUGUUUCUUGCCAUGGAUGAGGACAUAUUUCAGUUAUGCUGAAAUACAAAUUUUCAUUUUGUCGUACGCAGUCUGUGCCCUGAAAAUGGGCAUGUGUUUCCUUUGAUGCUUUAACUGCGAAUGUUCCCUGCAAGACAUAUGUACAGAUUUAAUCAGAAUGUGAAUCUCUUUCCCUUAUCUUCUUUUUUCUGUUUUCCGUGGUAG